UAUCUCCAUCCCCCUCUUCGGCGCCUGUAUUUGCGCAUGUCCGAUCCACUAAGCGCAAAUCUGUUCUAAGAUGGCUACCGCUAGCCUCCUCGCCAGUAUUCUGCUUCCCCUGACGCUACUAUGUGCCAGUGCUGUGGUGGGUGUGCGGUUAAAGUCAGACAAUCUCGCUCCCUGGACCAACGAGUUCGAAUCGGUGGAGCUGUCGUGUGUGAUCGAGUCUAUCUCAUCGACGUCUAAGCGUAUCGAGUGGAAGAAAAUCAGAGAUGGCGGAAACCCCAGCUAUGUCUACUUCCAGGAACGAAUAACAGGUGACCUGGAGAAUCGAGCACGUCUGAGAGAGCCCUCCUCAUUGGUCAUCGAGAACGCCACUCGGUCAGACUCCGCCCAGUAUCGCUGUGAAGUCACCGCCCCCGAGGACAAACACAGCUUUGCAGAACUCCUGAUCAACCUGGUCGUCAGAGUAAAACCGGUUACGCCAGAGUGUGCGGUUCCGUCGGCGGUUCCGGUGGGCAAGCCGGCGGAGUUCCGGUGUUCCGAGGAGGAGGGGUUCCCGCGGCCAAAGUUCCAAUGGUUCCGGGACUCAGAGGAACUUCCUCUUGAUCCGCGAAGUAGCCCGCGCUUUGCCAACGCAACUUAUACCAUAGACUUGGACACUGGAGUUCUAACCUUCGAUGCGGUGAGGAAAGAGGAUGGUGGCCUGUAUUUCUGUCGGGCGAAAAACGAAGCAGGAGCUUCAGAAUGCAAAGCACAGAAAAUGGAAGUCUAUGAUCUGAACGUGGUGGGGAUCGUGCUUGGGGUAGUUGUCGUGGUAACCGUGUUGGCCCUGGUUACCGCAGGGAUCUGCUGCGCAUACAGAAGAGGAUACCUCAGCCAACAGAAACAGAACAAUUUCAAAGCGCCUGCGAAAAGUGAAGGAGUGGACUAUGUACGGACGGAAGACGAGGGAGACUUUCGGCACAAGUCGUCGUUCAUCAUCUGAGUGGAGAAGAGGAGGAGGAGGAGGAGGAGGAGAAGAAGAGGAGGAGGAGA